AUGAACAGUUUCUUCGACAACAGAGCGCGCCAAGCGGCGGCUGCAGCCAAAGCUGCCUCCUCAUCGAAAGACACAGCGCUGACACAGGACAAUAAGCUUCAGCCAUGGGUUGAGAAGUACCGGCCGAAGUCUCUCGACGAUGUCGCCGCUCAAGAUCACACAGUCACAGUGCUCCGCCGAACGCUACAGUCCGCCAACCUUCCACAUAUGCUCUUCUAUGGACCUCCAGGAACCGGAAAGACCUCGACAGUGCUGGCACUGGCCAAGCAGCUCUAUGGCCCUGAACUUAUCAAGUCCAGAGUGCUGGAACUCAACGCAUCUGAUGAGCGAGGCAUUAGCAUCGUGAGAGAAAAGGUCAAAGAUUUCGCGAGAAUGCAGUUGUCAAAUCCGCCAGCGGGACCGGCAGGAGAAGAGUAUAGAAAGAAGUACCCUUGCCCUCCGUACAAGAUUAUCGUUCUGGAUGAGGCAGACAGCAUGACGCAAGACGCACAGUCAGCGUUGCGAAGGACAAUGGAGACAUACAGCAAAAUCACCCGCUUUUGCUUGGUUUGCAACUACGUCACGAGAAUCAUCGACCCGCUUGCAUCGAGAUGCUCGAAGUUCCGCUUCAAGCUGCUCGACGAAGGGAACGCCGGCAGACGAAUUGAGGAUAUAGCAAGGCUUGAGAAUGUGACCCUCGAGGAAGGCGUCACCAACACCUUACUUCGCUGUAGUGACGGCGAUCUGAGAAAAGCCAUCACUUUCCUACAGUCUGCAGCACGUCUAGUCGGUGCUGUGCAAGCAUCAACACAACCAGAUAAGAAGCGGAAACGCACGAAGGUGGAGGAGGAUGAUGAUGACGCCGACGCCAUGGAUAUCGAUGCUGCUCCUUCGCCACCUAUCACAGUCCAAAGCAUCGAAGAGAUCGCAGGCGUCAUCCCCAACAACACAAUUGAGCGACUCACGACGGCGAUGACACCGAAACCGAAAUCGAGAGCGCCCUAUGGACCUAUAGCUCAAGCAGUGGAGGACUUGGUCGCUGAAGGUUGGUCGGCAACACAAAUCGUCUCUCAACUGUACGAUAAGAUCGUGCUUGGAGACGAGACGGUGGGCGACGGUGCCAAGAACAAGAUAAUGCUCACUUUCUCCGAGACCGACAAGAGAUUGGUAGAUGGAAGCGACGAGCAUUUAACCAUUCUGGAUCUAUGCUUACAAAUAUCUGGUAUGAUGGGACAAUGA